AUGUGUGUGUCACGUAAAGUACUAGACGAAGACCCCUAGACGAAGGCGAGAAGGCAAGCGUUUCUGUCUUUAUCUAGCCUUGCAAAACACAUCCGACAUGCGGGGGCUAUUAGCUACGGGCCAACGGCUAUUGAGGAGUAGAGAUCUCUGCAGUCGUGGAAGGCGUUGGAUCUCAACCUCUCAUCGAAAGGCACAAACAGCAGUAGCAGCUCUGAAACCAACAAUGCAGACUUUGCUAGGUGAGGAUAACGUGUCGUCGGCCCAAGCCGUGAGAGACCAGCACGGUCAUGAUGAGUCGUACCAUGGCGUCAUGCCUCCGGACCUUGUUGUGUUCCCUACAAGUCGCGAGCAAGUCUCUGAGAUUGCUAAGAUAUGCUAUGAGCAUUCAGUUCCCAUGGUUCCACAUGGUUCUGGUACUGGACUGGAAGGUGGAAUUUGUGCAAUGAAGGGAGGAGUAUGUAUUGACCUCAGUAAGAUGAAAACUAUCCUUGAGGUUAAUCAAGAGGAUUUUGAUACAACAGUAGAAGCUGGUGUAACUAGAGAACAACUAAAUGCUUUCAUCAGGGACACAGGACUGUGGUUUCCAAUAGAUCCUGGUGCUGAUGCUUCAUUGUGUGGGAUGUGCGCAACAAGUGCAUCAGGAACUAAUGCUGUCAGAUAUGGAACAAUGCGAGAGAAUAUUCUGAACUUAGAGGUUGUGUUAUCAGAUGGAAGGGUGAUUGACACUGCUGGGAAAGGCAGAAGAACAAAGAAGACCUCGGCAGGGUAUAAUUUGACAAACCUGUUUGCUGGGUCGGAGGGAACACUAGGUAUCAUCACAAAGGCUACACUGAAGCUCUAUGGAAUCCCUGAAGCUACUGUUUCUGGUGUUUCUUCAUUUCCCUCGGUCAAGUCCGCUGUGGAUGCAACUGUUGAAAUUUUACAAUGUGGAAUACCUGUUGCUCGAAUCGAGUUUUUAGAUGAUUGCAUGAUUGAUGCAACUAACAAGUACUCCGGGCUGGACUAUCCUGUCCAGCCAACCCUUUUCCUUGAGUUCACUGGUUCGGAAAAUAGCGUAGAGGAACAAGCGAUAACUGCUGGGGAAGUCAUUGCAGCUAAUGAAGGAUCUGAUUUUCGAUGGGCAAAAGAACUGGAAGAACGAAACAAGCUGUGGAAGGCCAGACAUGCCGCAUGGUAUGCAUGUCUAGCGCUAAGGCCCGGAUGCAAAGGCGUCUCCACUGAUGUUUGUGUCCCGAUAUCAAAACUACCUGAAAUCAUUGUCGAGACAAAAGAAGACAUCAUAGCAUCAAAUCUUGUUGCUCCAAUUGUAGGGCACGUAGGAGAUGGGAACUUCCACUGUUUCAUUGUGAUAGAUACAUCAAACGAGAAGGAAAUUCAGAAUGCAAAAGAUUUUACCCUCCGACUGGGCAGACGCGCUUUAGCAGUUGGGGGCACCUGUACUGGUGAGCACGGGAUAGGGCGCGGCAAGCUGGCCCUCCUGGAAGAGGAAGUAGGCCCAUCAGGGAUAGAGGUCAUGAAACAGAUCAAGCAGAUGCUUGAUCCUAAGAACCUGAUGAACCCUGGAAAAGUACUGAGAAUGUAGGAACUAAAUAUUAUAUAUUCAAAUAGGUACAGUACAUUUCUACACAAAGUUGUUAAAUGGCACAAGGUUGUUGGAUAACCAAUGGAGAGGCUCCCAUUUUAUUAGGAAUGUGAUGCUGUCAUUUAAAAAUGAUAACAUUCUUUAAGAUAUUUAGCUAUAUGUACUACACAUACUGAAGGACAUAAGACAAAGUUAUGAUAUAGUGGUUUUCAUUCACCCAUGAAACUAUUCAUUGAGCUCAAUAUAUUUGUUCAUUAUUGUGUUCUGUUGACUUCAAAUUUGGUUUAUAGGGUUAAUGAAAAUAACUUUGACUCUUAUACAAUGUGGUUUGUAGAAUAAUCAUGUUUAACCACUGUCAAUAGACCAAUUAUUUAUCUCUAAAAUAAGUGUGUGGUGUAUUAUCAUUUUGUGUGCUGGGACAAGGGGGACGAUAACAAAGCAUUUUUAAAGGAGUUUGUUUUUAGUUGCACAGUUUUAUACAAAAAGCGUAAAAACAUAUCAAAACAUAGACUAUAUCAUAUUCAUUCAUAUAAAGUCAAAAGAAAUAAAACGAAAGUAAAACAA